UUCACAGCCACCACCUACCCACCCCAAACCAAGGAUGAAAGGAGGAACACACUGUAUAGCGAGAUAAGUGCAGACCAUUGGAUGGGCGUUCAUAUAGAGACCAAUAGUGAAGCGUGCAUCAGCCGCGAGACAAAAUCUAUAUUUGCUAAUAUUAUUAAACAACAUACACAUAGACCUAUUGACGGAUCAUGAUUAUUGACGCAGCUUAAUUAAAGUAUUCUAUAUCGGACCAUUGAAUGUUCUUUGUCACAGACCUCGGGACUAUUGAGGUGCUUCGAUGCAUGAUAUAGUAAUGUUUUCAUGAGUACACUGUUGUGGAUGGGAUUUUGCUGCAAAAAAAUCUAAGCGUAGGCUAUAUGUUUAUGGAUUCGGGUAUUCACACGGCGAGGCCCCAUGGAACCUGCGACAAAUGUGGUUAUGGUGCAGUAAACUUCGAGUAAAGGAUGGUUAUGAAUGCGCGAAUUAAAUAGUGUUGGUACAUUGAAAUAAUAGAACAAUAAUGGAUGAUUUUUGUUACGUGAUAUAUUGCAUAGUGACUUGCGCUGUAAUGCGAAGCUUACAUGGGUUUUGAUAUCGGCGCUGACAAUAUAUUUCUGUGUGUCAACGUAAACAUUUGGAUUAUCUUUGGCUGAACAUAAUAACAGUGAGAGUUGUUAACCAAAGACUGGUUAGCUUUACAUGGCUGGUCGUUAUUUGGCGCGGGGGAAUUCAUUAAACAUAAUGCCUUCUCUUCGUUUUGGUAAUCUGAACAUUACGUUUUAAUCUUAAAAAGAGGAAAAGUAGUGUGUGUGCGUUUAGCUUUGCGCUCCUCAGGAAUCCUGUGAUUUGUGUGAUUGGCCAACAUCAACAUGCCCACCUCACGCUCUGGCGCCAGCCCCGUGGAAUACUGGGUGGAUGGAUCGCGCAGAGAUGUCUCCAUGGAAGAGUUCUACACCAUGGGUCCUGAACUGGGAAGGGGGGCUACGUCAGUGGUGUUUCGCACUGAGGAGAAGCAGACACAGAAGCCCUAUGCUGCAAAGGUCCUGAAGAAGACUAUUGACAAGAAAAUAGUGCGGACUGAAAUUGGAGUUCUGCUGCGACUUUCCCACCCAAAUAUUAUCCGCCUGAAGGAGAUCUUUGAGACCGAGACAGACAUCGCCCUCAUCUUGGAGCUGGUGACCGGAGGGGAACUCUUUGACAGGAUUGUGGAGAGAGGGUAUUACAGCGAGAGAGAUGCUGCCCACGUCAUCAAGCAGAUUCUGGAGGCAGUGGCGUAUUUACAUGACAAUGGGGUGGUGCACCGUGACCUGAAACCAGAAAACCUUCUGUACGCUGACCUCUCUUUGGAUGCCCCGCUUAAGAUUGCUGACUUCGGCCUCUCAAAGAUAAUAGAUGAGCAAGUUACCAUGAAGACGGUGUGUGGCACGCCUGGAUACUGCGCUCCAGAGAUCCUCAGAGGCAAUGCCUAUGGUCCUGAAGUGGACAUGUGGUCUGUGGGAGUGAUCCUGUACAUCUUGUUGUGUGGGUUCGAACCAUUCUUCGAUCCAAGGGGAGACCAGUACAUGUACAGCCGCAUCCUCAACUGCGACUAUGAGUUUGUCUCCCCCUGGUGGGACGAGGUCUCCCUCAACGCGAAGGACUUGGUCAGUAAGCUGAUAGUGCAGGACCCCCACAAGAGGCUGACGGUGAAGGAGGCUCUGGAGCACCCCUGGGUACUGGGCAAGGCUGCCCGUUUCUCCCACAUGGACACGACUCAGAGGAAGCUACAGGAGUUCAACGCCCGGCGCAAACUCAAGGCUAUCAUGAAGGCUGUGGUGGCCACCAGCCGUAUGCACGAGGGCUCCCGGCGGCGCACGGACAGCUGCGAUAUGCCCGGCUCUGACAAGACCACCUCCAGGCAGAGCAGCAUGCAGCAGGACCCUCCCCAGGACUCCCUGGAGGGCCAGGCCUGCCAGGGAACGGACACUUCCCAGACCCAGGAGGACGACCAGUGCCCCCCGCCCCUCCCGCCACGCUGCCCCAUACCCCCCACCACCAACCCCCCUCUACUGGCUGGGGGUCUCUUCCCCUCCCGUCCACCCGCCAGGCCCCCGCUAAGGGGAGUUGACGGGCAGAGACAGAUGUCGGUCAUCCCCAAGACCGCAGUGGUACGGCCUAGGGUUCCUCAGAAGAGCUGCUCCUCGGUGGACUCCACCACCACCAAGCGGGAGCCGUCCUCCCCGGUCUUGACCACUCCCCCGAGCCCCAAAAACCUUGGCAACAGAUUUUCCAUGGGGGUGGAGUCUGGCAGCAAAACGGCACAGUGUCAAUGAGUGAGUGGCAGGUACCAAACAGUAUGAGCUCCUCACCUACUGUUGUCCUAAAAUGGCCGACGCCAUUGUGAGAGUCAGGUGAGAUGGUAGAUGACAACAUGGAGGAGGAAGGAUGAGAGGGAGAAUGGAUGUCUAAUCUCGUCAUAUCUGUAUCUGUUUAGACUGGGGACAAACGACUACUAUACUUCACCUUGAUAUUUAUUGUUCCUCUCUGUGCGUAACGAGUUUGGAUACUCAUAACCAAUUUGCAAAUUAAACUUGUAACUUUGGUCUAAACCUGGUUUCCAAGUUCCUUUAACCUCUUAAUUUUCAUUGCUUUUCAAGACAAGGCCUCUCUGAACAGGACAAGGCCUCUCUGAACAGGACAAGGCCUCUCUGAACAGGACAAGGCCUCUCUGAACAGGACAAGGCCUCUCUGAACAGGACAAGGCCUCUCUGAACUGGACAAGGCCUCUCUGAACUGGACAAGGCCUCUCUGAACUGGACAAGGCCUCUCUGAACUGGAAAAGGCCUCUCUGAACUGGACAAGGCCUCUCUGAACUGGAAAAGGCCUCUCUGAACUGGACAAGGCCUCUCUGAACUGGACAAGGCCUCUCUGAACUGGACAAGGCCUCUCUGAACUGGAAAAGGCCUCUCUGAACUGGAAAAGGCCUCUCUGAACUGGACAAGGCCUCUCUGAACUGGACAAGGCCCCUCUGAACAGGCCGAGGCCCCUCUGAACAGGCCGAGGCCCCUCUGAACAGGCCGAGGCCCUCUGAACAGGACGAGGCCCUCUGAACAGGACGAGGCCCCUCUGAACAGGACAAGGCCCCUCUGAACAGGACAAGGCCUCUCUGAACAGGACAAGGCCUCUCUGAACAGGACAAGGCCUCUCUGAACAGGACAAGGCCCCUCUGAACUAUUUUACUUCAAAGGCCACAUACUUUGUAUUCUCUGCACCUUUCUACAAUUCAAUGUUGGAAUCUACAGACUUCAUAUGCAAAUCUGUGAAUGCAUACACAUAAUCCUCUCAUUCAGGUAGUAAAGAUAUUGUAUUUGUGAGCUUAUGAAUGUAGUCAAGGUGUAUUGUAAUGUUUAUUUUGCAAUAAUGGUAUUGAUCUAAUAUUUGCACUGUAUACAUUGAUUAAUCUACAUAGAUUACAACAAAAAGCAUUCACACUGCUAAUCGUUUACUAUUUAAGUCAAACUGCACUUUUAUUCCUCUGGAAAUUUACAUGACUGACCAGAAUAGCUUGUUUGUGGCUCAAACCAAUUUUCCCUUCAUUCAUUGGUUGUAAAAAAAUUAUUGGGUAGUUACCCAUCUGCUGAAGGAACGCACAUCAUAUUCACCUCAUCUCUACGACCUCACUGGAGCUACCACUCUACCUCUGUGUGCAGGGGCUUCCAACCCAGUAAUGGCAAAACCUGUAAAGAAACUGUUGGACGAGGUGAGGUUAUGAGGCAAAGCACAGCAUUUCUGCAACAGAAUCAUAUUGUAAGUGGCCUGCGAGGCGAACCCUCGUUUUCAUUGGCUAAGGGCUUUUCUCAAUGGAACUCAAAUAACUGAUCAAAUGAGUGUGAUUAAAAUAGUCCAUUUCCAUUUCAAGGGUGGCCCUUGAAGCCAUCUUCACCUGCUAUCUUGUAUUCUCACUCUAACAUUGCCAAAUAGUAAGCCUGCAUUAUACUGCUGACAUGUCCAUACAUGUAUAAACCAUUCAUUUACACCAAUGAAAUGUAUACAGUAUGGCUAUUUUACUUAGAAUUAUUGCUUACAAAUGCUUUAUUUGGGGGUUGGGAGGGGGAGUGUAGUUAACAGUGUUGGUUUUGUAAUUAAUUUCUGUGUUUCCCGUUUUUCAUUCAUUCUAAUAAUUGUAGCCUACCUUUUGAAGGUGACAUAUUUUAGACAACAUGAGAUUGAUUUAACGGUCAUAAGCGGGGAAUGUAUUGAAGAUGUACAGGUCUAUACAUUUAGACCCCUCAUCAUAUCACAAUAAUCUAAAUCAAUUGGAUUGUCUUGUAUUCUACAGAAAUAUUUAACACAGCAUCCAUUCAAGAUGGUAGUUGCUGUGUGAUGACAUAAAUUGAAUAAAACAUUUAUUUAGAAGCCCAA